AUGCAUCCAGCUGGAGUUGAACCUCCCUACAGAGUAAGGAUCCUGCUUAGAAUAGAAACACCAUACAGACCCAUGCAUCCAGCUGGAGUCAAGUCUCCCUGCAGAGUAAGGAUCCCACUUAGAAUAGAAACUCCGCGCAGACCCAUGCAUCCAGCUGGAGUCAAACCUCCCUACAGAGUGAGGAUCCUGCUUAGAACAGAAACACUAUGCAGACCCAUGCAUCCAGCUGGAGUCAAGUCUCCCUAUGGAGUGAGGAUCCUACUUAGAAUAGAAACUCUGCACAGACCCAUGCAUCCAGCUGGAGUCGAACCUCCCUAUGGAGUGAGGGUCCUAUUUAGAAUAGAAAUACUGCGUGGACCCAUGCAUCCAGCUGGAGUUAAUAUAUAA